GACCGUAUGGUUUCCGCCUUCUGAUACACAGCGCGCCGGAUUUAGGGCGUCCUGGAUCUUCGGGUCCUCUUUCACUUGAGCUGUGCUGUUUGAUUGCAGAGUGUGCUACCUUGUUUCUUUUGGUCGACAGGUCUUGUUCUCUCCUUUUGGAAAUUUUGAGCUGUUGCAAGUUUUUCUUUGUGUAUUUACAAUCUUCAACACUGGAGCCAUUACCCUGGAGCCGCCUGAGUCUGCCUAUUGCCUGGUGAGAGCGCGCGUGUCGAUGAUGAACGGAGACCUCGAGCCUGUGACGAGCAUCAACAGAGUGAUCAACGGCACAACCCAUGCCACCAGUAACGGUACCGCUGUGCCGGUGAGCCAUUCUCCAGCUCCGACACCCACCGGAGCUGGCACGACGACUGUACACGGGGACGAGACACAUAGCAAGGCAACAAAGAGAAGGCCGAGAAGAUCGUACAACUGCGGUCCUUGUAAACGUCAGAAGAUCAAGUGUGAUACAAAUAUCCCGUGUGGAGCGUGCACGAGACACAACAGGAUCGACCAGUGCCUGGCCUCGCCGCCAAACCCACCUUCACCGGAUCACAAGAAGCGGGUUAGAAAGCAGUCGCUUUCAUCCUUUGGGCAGCUGCCUAAUGACUUGCCGCUGCCAUACGUACCCAAGGCUACACCUUUCACGACUCCAAGGACAAGUGCCACGACUUUAACCACGCCGCCUGUUCCAGAGCACAGCCAGAUGAGACUACCUUCGCUACAGGCACAUACCUCGAGCUUCCAGCUUGAUUCUGUGCCUCAGAGAAUCAACUACCCAAAGCCCUGGGAUCAGCCGGUGUUCUCUCUGAGCCAUUCAAGUAGCAACCGUGAUGAAGAGGUGACUGAGUUGAAGAGCCAAGUGGCUCUUCUGACUGACAGAUUGGUGACUCUGGAGUCCAAGUUAUCGAGUACAGUAACGUCUUCCCGUGCCGAUCACUCAACUACCAUUCAAGACGUUAUCCAGAUAUUCCCAGAGAUGAAUGUAUUGCACAACCUUGUUGAAUUCUUCAAGGUCUAUCUCAAUAAACCUCUGGAGAUUGUUGAUAACAAGCUGGUUGAUACCAGAUUUCAAUCGUUUAGAGGCUUGUCGAGUACCUCUGUUCCGGAUGCAAACGACUGGGAAACCGUGGCUCUGGUGGCUAUAAUUGCUGCUCUGACGGUAUUGCACUAUCCAAUUCAAAAUGUACAAAAUGAACUGCACAUGAAUAUGGAUAACGUUAUCUCUUACUCUAACUCUCUGUUAAAGGUUUCCAAAACUGCGUUGAACAACGUCAAGUACAAGGAGUCACCAAAGUUGAUUCACAUACAGAUAUUGUUACUCUCCGACAUCUCCUUGAAGCUGUUUAAUAAGAAGAACCUUAUGAUGGCAAUGGACUCUGAGCUGGUCUCCAUGUCCUACGUUCUCGGCCUUCAAAGCGCAAAAGUUCCCCAGAAUGCUCUUGAGUGGGAAGUACCUCAGAAGAUAUGGUGGCUGAUUUGUCAUAACGAUAUAAAGAACUCACUGAGAUUCUCAAUUCCAAACUUGAUUAGAUUGGAUAGGUUAGCCAGUGAUCCUGUUGGCAAUUCUCAUAUCUUGAAAGCGUUCAUAUCAGCGGAGAAGACUGAUCAUGAAUCAAUCAUGACUCAUAUUGCCAAGUUGACUAUAAUCUGCAAUGAUAUUCCUACUUCAGUGGGGUCAUCAUUAGCAGAGUACCUUGAGAACUUGAUCAUGGUGGAUCGCCAACUUACCGGCUAUCGUAUACCACCUUCUUUCAAUCUAAGCAACCCACGAAAUGACAUAAUUAGGAACAUGCAAAGCAUCUAUCUGCAUUUCUUUUUGUUGAUGGUGAGGUUCAGAGUAUACCAUAAAAUCUACUUCAGCAACCCAAACAACGGUAUCUGGUUCAUCAUGCUGUCGAUUAUGGAGUCAUUCUUGAAGAUGUACAACGAGCUCAGAAAGCUGUACCCACCAAGGGAAUUUUUGAACCAUUACAUUCAAAUCGCCGAGUACCCUAUCAUAUGUACCAUUAUCAACUUGAUCAUCAUGUGUACAAGUCCAGAUCUGUUGCCUCAGGGCUUAAAAGACGUUAUGAUGAACUAUUUGGCAACAAUGAUGGAAGACCUGGAGUUGCUCCGCUCAACUGUCUUCAACGAAAAGAUACCGUUCUACAGCAAGGCUCUUUCGACGAUUCAACGCCUCGCACAGUAUAUGAGACAAGCCCCAUCCAUGGCCGUCAAUAAAACUCACAGAACAACACAAUCAGAUUUGACCCAGGAGUUGAAAGAGUCCAAGGUGUUUGAGUCGUUAGAAUCGAGUGCUGGUCUCGUUCCGUCUAACGACUUCUUCAACAUCUACUUUAGAACAAUCUCACACCACUCAAGAACAAAUACAAGAACAACGUCUGUGCAGAGUUGGAAGCUAUCAGAGAUAUUGGCAGAAGAUGAGAUCAAUUUCCUUUCGUGCCUAGGCCUCUAACACUCAGAAACACACACACACACCGGCCUGACCCUUGUUAUAUUAGCAAAUCUUACAUAGUUUGUUAAUAAUUGUG